GCAAAGAUGGGUCUCCAAGACCUCAGCAGUCAGAUUAUCCACCAAUCAGCAGCAUAGAGAUAUAUACACGCAACAAAACACUCCGAACGUCUCAAGUACUUGAACACCACGUAUUCCAGGAUUUGGCCCUCAUCUACACGAUCAAUUAUCAUCACGCCCACAAGAUGGCCACCACAAUCCUCAUCGACGGCUUGAAGUCUGUCUCGCUCCUCCCCUCCACUAUCAUCCCUGCGAGCUUCACCCCCAGCUACGAUCUCAAAGUCUCCUUCCCCUCAAAGACCCCCUCAAAUGGCUCUUUAGUCCGCGUCAGCGACGUCAAAGACACUCCGAGCGUGACCUUCUCCGCCGCCUCAGACUCAGCAAGCACGCAAUCCUUCACACUCUUGCUCAUCGACCCCGACGCGCCGACCCCAGAUGACCCAAAAUUCGCGUACUGGCGCCACUGGGUCGUUACGAACAUCCCAUCCAACUCUGGAUCAGGUGAUGUGAAGGGUGGAAAGACGAUUACGCAGUACCUUGCGCCCGGGCCGAAAGAUGAGAGCGGGCCGCAUCGCUACUUGUUCUUGCUGUUUAAGGAGCCGCAGGGUUUCGGUGUUGAGAAGAGUGAUGUCGGAGGUGAGGAGUUUGUUGACCGGAGGAGUUUCGGGGCGAAGGAUUUUGUGGAGAAGUGGGGUUUGGAGCUUGUGGGUGUGCAGUGGAUGAGGGGUGUAGGGGAUGGAUGGAAUGGCGGCAAGGAUGAGUUGUGAUCGUUUUGACAACUGCCUCUGAUG